UUCUCCAGUUUGGACAAACAGAAGGCUCUAGAAACAGUGAAAUAACAACGUAACAAGGAUUGUUGACUAAAGACUGUAACCCGUUGCAGCAGAAGAGAUCAGGCCGGUCGUACACAGCUGUCUGUCCAUGACCAAUAACGUUUCUUUACUAAUAGUGAAAGAUGGAUCACUCUAAUCCUCUCCAACCUGACGGAUCUCAACAAUUAAAGAUGAGUGAAACCCAGGAAAAGACAUCAGACUGUGCAGGACCCAGCAGUGUCUCCAUGAACAGUGAUGUGUGUACAGAUCCUCCACCAGGAUUAAAUGAAGACCUCUCAUCUACACACAGUGAAACCCAGAGAAAGAGAUCAGACUCACCAGUACCCAGCUGUGUGUCCAUGAAGAGUGAUGAUUCUAAAAAUUUACCAUUAUUGUUUAAAGACCAGAGUGAAUCCUCACCUGGACACAGUGAAACCCAGAGAAAGAGAUCAGACUCACCAGUACCCAGCUGUGUGUCCAUGAAGAGUGAUGAUUCUAAAAAUUUACCAUUAUUGUUUAAAGACCAGAGUGAAUCCUCACCUGGACACAGUGUCCUGGAGCGAACAGGAGACAAAACAGAACAGAAGAUCACAAUCAGAGAUACAGGGUGUAAGUCUGGAACCACUGAACCUCAUCUUCUGGAGAAAUACAAAUUAAAUCUGCUGAAGAAGUUUCAGCAUGUAAAUGAGGUGAUGACAAACCAGGGAAACCCAACACUUCUGCAUGAGAUCUACACAGAGCUCUACAUCACAGAAGGAGACAGUGGAAAAGUCAAUAAUGAACAUGAGGUGAGACAGAUCGAGGCAGCAUCCAGGAGAGCAGCAACAGAGGAAACACCAAUCAAAUGCAGUGAGAUCUUUAAGCCCUUAUCUGAAGAAGACAAACCCAUCAGGAGCGUUCUGACAAAGGGAGUCGCUGGCAUUGGAAAAACAGUCUCUGUGCAGAAAUUCAUUCUAGACUGGGCUGAAGGGAAAACAAAUCAGGAUGUUCAUCUCAUAUUUCCACUUCCUUUCAGAGAGCUCAAUUUAAUGCAGGAUCGAAACCUGAGUCUGAUGGAGCUUCUUCAUCUCUUUUAUAAGGAGAUAAAAGAAACAAACAUUUCCAGCUUGUACAAAGUUCUGUUCAUUUUUGAUGGUUUGGAUGAGUGUCGUUUCCCUCUGGAUUUCCAGAACACAGUGAGGUUGUGUGAUGUAACUGAAUCAGCAUCAGUGCAUGUGCUGCUGAUAAACCUGAUCAAAGGGAAUCUGCUUCCCUCUGCUCUCAUCUGGAUCACCUCCCGACCAGCAGCAGCUGAUCAAAUCCCCUCUGAGUGGGUCCAUCGACUCACAGAGGUACGAGGGUUCAAUGACCCACAGAAGGAGGAAUAUUUCAGGAAGAGGAUCAGUGAUCAGAGCCUGAGCAACAGAAUCAUCACACACCUGAAGUCAUUAAGAAGCCUCUACAUCAUGUGCCACAUCCCAGUCUUCUGCUGGAUUUCAGCCGCUGUUCUAGAGAGAAUGUUGGGUGAAGCAGAGAGUGGAGCGAUCCCCAAGACUCUGACUCAAAUGUACACACACUUCCUCAUCAUUCAGACAAACGUCAUAAAGAAAAAGUACACAAAGAGCAGAAAGACAGAUACAGAAAUGGUUCUGAAACUGGGUAAACUGGCUUUUCAGCAGCUGAUGAAAGGCAACCUGAUCUUCUAUGAGGAAGACCUGAUGGAGUGUGGCAUUGAUGUGACAGAAGCAUCAGUGUAUUCAGGUGUGUGUACACAGAUCUUCAGAGAGGAGUUUGGGCUUCACCAGAGUAAAAUGUACUGCUUUGUUCAUCUGAGCAUUCAGGAACACCUCGCAGCUCUAUAUGUGCACCUGAUAUUCAUGAAUGAAAAGAGAAAUGUUCUUCAGCAGAGUCUGUUGUCUAAACUGUGGAUGCUGCUUCGACAAAUUACCAUCUCAGAUGUCCACAAGAGUGCUGUAGAUCAGGCUUUACAGAGUGAAAAUGGACAUCUGGAUCUUUUCCUUCGCUUUCUUCUGGGUCUCUCACUGGAGUCCAAUCAGAUCCUCUUACAAACCGUAGUGACACAGACAGGAAGUAGCUCUCACAGCACACAUGAAACAGUUCAUUACAUCAAGGAGAAGAUCAGAGAGAAUCCCUCACCAGAGAAAUCCAUCAAUCUGUUCCACUGUCUGUAUGAACUGGAUGAUCAUUCUCUAGUUGAGGAAGUCCAACACUACCUGCAAUCUGGAGAUUUACAACAAAGUGAACUUUCUUCUUCUCAGUGGUCAGCUGUGGUGUUUGUGUUACUGACAUCAAUGCAGGAACAGGAUGUGUUUGUCCUUAAUAAAUAUACCAACAAACACUGUACAUCAGACGAGGUUCUUCUGAAGCUCCUGCCUGUGGUUGCAGCAUCCAGAAAAGCUCAGUUUAAAGACUGUGACCUGAAACAGAAAGGUUGUGCAGCUGUGGCCUCCGUUCUCAGCUCUGGGUCCUCCAGUCUGAGAGAACUGAGUCUGUCUUGGAAUAAAUUUACAGACUCAGGAGUGAAGUGUCUCUCGCCUGGACUGGAGAAUCCUCACUGUAAACUGGAGACACUGAGGUUGAAGGGUUGUGAUAUCUCAGAUGUAGGCUGUGCUGCUCUGACUUCAGCUCUGAGAUCAAACCCCUCACACCUGAGAGAACUGGAUCUGUCUGUGAAUAAACUCAGAGACUCAGGAGUGAAGUGUCUCUCUGCUGUACUAGAGAAUCCUCACUGUAAACUGGAGACACUGGGGUUGCGUGAUUGUCAUUUCUCAGAUGAAGGCUGUGCUGCUCUGACUUCAGCUCUGAGAUCAAACCCUUCACACCUGAGAGAACUGGACCUGUCUUGGAAUAAACUCAGAGACUCAGGAGUGAAGUGUCUCUCUGCUGUACUGGAGAAUCCUCACUGUAAACUGGAGACACUGAGGUUGUCUUAUUGUGAUGUCUCAGAUGAAGGCUGUGCUGCUCUGACUUCAGCUCUGAGAUCAAACCCCUCACACCUGAGAGAACUGGAGGUAUCUGAGAAUAACCUCAGAGACUCAGGAGUGAAGUGUCUCUCUGCUGUACUGGAGAAUCCUCACUGUAAACUGGAGACACUGAGGUUGCGUUAUUGUGGUGUCUCAGAUGAAGGCUGUGCUGCUCUGACUUCAGCUCUGAGAUCAAACCCCUCACACCUGAGAGAACUGGAUCUGUCUGGGAAUAAACUCAGAGACUCAGGAGUGAAGUGUCUCUCUGCUGUACUGGAGAAUCCUCACUGUAAACUGGAGACACUGAGGUUGUGUAGUUGUGAUAUCUCAGAUGAAGGCUGUGCUGCUCUGACUUCAGCUCUGAGAUCAAACCCCUCACACCUGAGAGAACUGGAUCUGUCUGUGAAUAAAUUCAGAGACUCAGGAGUGAAGUGUCUCUCUGCUGUACUGGAGAAUCCUCACUGUAAACUGGAGACACUGAGGUUGUGUAGUUGUGAUAUCUCAGGUGAAGGCUGUGCUGCUCUGACUUCAGCUCUGAGAUCAAACCCCUCACACCUGAGAGAACUGGAUCUGUCUAGGAAUUAUGUAGGAGACUCGGGAAAGAAGCUGCUCUUCGCUCUUAAAGAUGAUAAACGUUACAUCCUCCAGGACUUGAGGGUGUAAAGAAUUUCACCGGAUGCAGACUCCAGUGAAGACAUUUUUUAUGAAAUUUACUCCAUUCACUGAGGCGUUUCCUGGAUAUG